AUGAGCGUAAAUGCAGAAAUUCUAGGUUCAGCUGAGAUUAUUAUAAGCCAGCAUCACAAUCAGUCGUCGGCAGAUCAUCUCGAAAGAUUUCAGGGAUUGCUGAGGGAUGAUCUGAAUGGAUUAGUUAAUUUGAGUGCUCAGGAUCAUUCUAGACUCUUGAAAGCUAUAAAUUCGCUCCUUUCGAACAAUGUACAGGGAGACGAGGAGCUCUUGGAUAUUUGCUUGAGCUUUGGAAGCCCCGGAAAUAAAUUCAGCACCCGCAAGAAAGCCUUAAAGGUGCUCAUUCAGCUGUACUCUAAGAAGCCAAAGAAGGAGAUAAGCGCGAGGACAGCCCAGAUCAUAGAAUGUUUAGUCGACAUACCUAAACACGCACCCAGUCUUCUAAGCUUGGCUUUGCAUUCACUUCUAGUCGCAAUCACGAAGCUUACACUCACUCCUCAACAUGUGCAAUCCUUUGUUGAGUUGUUUUUGUCCAACGUCCUUUCGCUGUUACAGAAGGAGGAUAUUUGCGUAAGGAGAUGCCCGUCAAUAUCUUCUAUUCGGUCGGUUGCGUCAGAUAAGAGCGCUGAGAUUAGUCAUAACUGGCGAUCGAAAGACGAUCAUGCUUCUGAUAUUGAGGAUUUUGACUACAACGAUAGAUCUUCAAGAGAUGAAACAUCUGAUGUCAUAUUACAAGCCACAAUGUGCAUUUCACAACUCGCAAAAACACACAUUAAAUUCGUUUUCAAUCACAUCUUCAAGUUAUUUCCAGAUACGGCGCCGCAUCUGGCAUCACCGUUGACUUUGUGGGAUAUACUGCAAAGCGAUAAGGUCAAUAAUAUCGCCAAAGCGGCGACGAUUCAUUGCAUGGAAGAUAUACUGCGUUUAUCACGUCCAUUCUUAAUUCAGUCAGCCGAUAUGAAUCAGAAGUCUAUGAGCUAUACCUCAAUGUCUUACAGAUUGGGUUUUUUACUUUUGGAGUCACACAACCGUGCUGCUGAUUGUCUUCAUGAUGAAACAGACGCUGAUAUACAGUUGGGACUUCUCGACCUUGCUGAUUGUUUGCUGAACGUAACACCCUACGCUAAGAUGACGAGCGAGACACCCAAAAGCCUCUGUAAUCAAGUUAAAACAGUGGUGCUCAGCCUAUACGACUUAGAAGAGAGCAACAAGACAGCAGUUUUGCGCGUGUGUAUGAGUAUGAUUGCCACGAAUACUUUCAAAGAGGACUUGGACAGCCUAAGAGAAAUGAGUUCGUAUUUACUCCGCCAAAUUUAUGACAACGUCCUUUCAUCCCAAAUAAAAUUCAAAACAGCCCAAGUUCUCGCUUCGAUAUGGAUAUCUUUACCGGAUCCUGAACGCAAAGGAAACGUAAAAGCGCUGUUCAGCAAACUCUUCAACGAAGAUAGUAUUGAAGCAAAGAGCAGCUCGUUGUUGCUACUAUCUCUACACCCCGACAUUAUUCUAGAGCAAGAUGAAUCGGUGCUCGAGAAAUCAUAUUUAUUUAGCAGAGGGGAUGUCGCAUUUCAACGCAAUUUUCUCGUGCUAAUGGGUGCUCUAUUUAGUGAACAUUAUCUCAGUUAUAAGACAUUGAACAGCAUGGUUGAUUGGGUGAUAGAAAGUAUCUCAGCGGAUAAUGAGAGCAUUAAGCUAGCAGGGCUGUCUGCGAUUAGAAAGUCUUUUUUCAAUGCUUGUGUGCGCAAUAACGAUGUAUAUUCGCAAAGACUAGAAAAGGCGUGCGUGGUAUGCCUCGGCGAAGCUUUACACGCUGUCAAACAAAAUGCUGGGUUCGCAUUAGCAGAUUACAUGGACGCAUUACAACCAGAUGAAAUGAAUGAAGCACGAUGGCAAAGAUUAUUCGAUAUAACCAGCCGAAUGGACUUAAAAGAUAGAGGCAAGGUUCAAGUACACGUGUGUCGAGCUUACGGAAGUGUACUUGAAAAGAGUCAGGGAUUGCAAGGAAAGAAAGUGAAACAAGCAGAGCAAAUGCUAUUGGUGCUAAAAGAUGAGCUGAGACCUCACCUUAACUACAAGAUCCAAUGGAAUGCAGCCACGGCCAUCGGCAGGGCUUAUACCAACAGACAUGUGUAUGAAAUGUGCUCCAACAUCUCAGAACAAGUCGUAAAAGGGCUUGUAGAGUGCGAGUCCAAGUCAAGAAACGUAAAGGUGUGUCGAGUGAGAUUUGUGUAG